ACGGCGCCGUGGAGCGCUGACCAGUCGGGGGAGAGCUGAGCUGGACUUAGCGGUGGGAGCCGGGCCUGGGCUCUAGCAGCUGUGGGUGCGGGCAAGGCCAGGUGAACGGCUCCUGCCAGUUUCUUUUUAGACUAUGGCAACAUAUCUGGAGUUCAUUCAGCAGAAUGAAGAACGGGAUGGUGUGCGCUUUAGUUGGAACGUGUGGCCUUCCAGCCGUCUUGAGGCUACGAGAAUGGUUGUUCCCCUGGCUUGUCUCCUUACUCCUUUGAAAGAACGUCCAGACCUGCCUCCUGUACAGUAUGAACCUGUGCUUUGUAGCCGGACAACUUGCAAAGCCAUUCUGAAUCCACUUUGUCAGGUUGAUUAUCGAGCGAAACUUUGGGCCUGUAAUUUCUGUUUCCAAAGAAAUCAGUUUCCUCCUGCUUACACAGGUAUAUCUGAGGUGAAUCAGCCUGCUGAAUUAAUGCCCCAGUUUUCUACAAUUGAGUACGUGAUACAGCGAGGUGCUCAGUCCCCUCUGAUCUUCCUCUAUGUGGUUGACACGUGCCUAGAAGAAGAUGACCUUCAAGCACUCAAAGAAUCCCUGCAAAUGUCCCUGAGUCUCCUUCCUCCAGAUGCUCUGGUGGGUUUGAUCACAUUUGGGAGGAUGGUGCAGGUUCACGAACUCAGCUGUGAAGGAAUUUCCAAAAGUUAUGUCUUCCGAGGGACAAAGGAUUUAACCGCAAAGCAAAUACAGGAUAUGCUGGGCCUCACCAAGCCUGCCAUGCCCAUGCAGCAAUCAAGACCUGGUCAACCACAGGAGCAGCCUUUUGUUUCAGGCAGAUUUCUGCAGCCCAUUCACAAGAUUGACAUGAACCUCACUGAUCUCCUUGGGGAGCUGCAGAGGGACCCAUGGCCUGUGACUCAGGGGAAGAGACCUUUGCGAUCCACUGGUGUUGCUUUGUCCAUUGCUGUUGGCCUGUUGGAGGGUACUUUUCCAAACACGGGAGCCAGGAUUAUGUUGUUUACCGGGGGUCCCCCCACCCAAGGGCCUGGCAUGGUGGUCGGAGAUGAAUUAAAGGUUCCUAUUCGUUCCUGGCAUGAUAUUGAGAAAGAUAAUGCACGUUUCAUGAAAAAGGCAACCAAGCACUAUGAAAUGCUUGCUAACCGAACUGCUACAAAUGGUCACUGCAUUGAUAUUUACGCUUGUGCCCUUGAUCAGACUGGACUUCUGGAGAUGAAGUGUUGUGCAAAUCUUACCGGAGGGCACAUGGUGAUGGGAGACUCUUUCAACACUUCUCUCUUCAAGCAGACGUUCCAAAGAAUUUUUAGUAAAGAUUUCAAUGGAGAUUUCCGCAUGGCAUUUGGUGCUACUUUGGAAGUGAAGACCUCUCGGGAACUGAAAGUUGCAGGAGCCAUCGGUCCUUGUGUGUCUCUGAAUGUGAAAGGACCAUGUGUGUCAGAAAACGAACUUGGUGUUGGUGGCUCGAGUCAGUGGAAAAUCUGUGGCCUGGAUCCCACAUCUACGCUUGGCAUCUACUUUGAAGUAGUCAAUCAGCACAGUGCCCCGGUCCCCCAAGGAGGCAGAGGUGCCGUCCAGUUUGUCACGCAGUAUCAACACUCCAGCACCCAGAGACGCAUCCGCGUGACCACCAUUGCCAGAAAUUGGGCAGAUGCGCAGAGCCAGCUCAAGCACAUAGAAGCAGCAUUUGACCAGGAGGCCGCAGCAGUCUUGAUGGCUCGGCUGGGAGUGUUCCGCGCAGAGUCAGAGGAGGGGCCCGAUGUGCUCCGGUGGCUGGACCGACAGCUCAUCCGACUGUGUCAGAAGUUUGGACAGUAUAACAAAGAAGACCCCACGUCUUUUAGGUUAUCAGAUUCCUUCUCUCUGUAUCCUCAGUUCAUGUUCCAUCUUAGAAGAUCUCCAUUUCUCCAAGUGUUUAACAACAGUCCUGACGAGUCGUCAUAUUACAGACACCAUUUUGCCCGACAGGAUCUAACCCAGUCCCUCAUCAUGAUCCAGCCCAUUCUGUACUCCUAUUCAUUCCACGGGCCGCCAGAGCCAGUACUCUUGGACAGCAGCAGCAUUCUAGCUGACAGAAUUUUGCUGAUGGAUACUUUCUUCCAAAUUGUCAUUUAUCUUGGUGAGACCAUAGCCCAGUGGCGUAAAGCUGGGUACCAGGACAUGCCUGAGUAUGAAAACUUCAAGCACCUCCUGCAAGCACCACUGGAUGAUGCCCAAGAGAUUCUGCAAGCACGCUUCCCCAUGCCACGUUACAUUAACACGGAGCACGGAGGCAGCCAGGCUCGAUUCCUUUUGUCCAAAGUGAACCCAUCUCAGACACACAAUAACCUGUACGCCUGGGGACAGGAAACAGGAGCACCCAUCCUAACUGAUGAUGUUAGCCUGCAGGUGUUCAUGGAUCAUUUGAAGAAGCUGGCUGUCUCCAGUGCUUGUUAAGCUGGAAGAUGUGAGCAGAACAUUGAAGAACACAUCAGAUUGUGUUCACAAUUGCUGAUAACGGCUUAAAAACAUUCCUUUCACUUUACUUGUGGGUUUUAAUAAAUAAUCAAAGGAAGCAUUGUGUGUAACUCUUUAGAUUAUAA